AUGGCUCAUAAUAAGAAGUUGAAAACAUCAAAGAUCACUUCUUUUUUCAAACACAAUGAGAAAGAAGAACAUGAUGACGAACAGCCGUCUACAUCAAAAUCGGAUGAUGUCGGAGAUAGGCCUGUUCUUCCUGAAGUUCAACCAGAAGAAAGUGCCGUUGAGGGUGAUGGAGCAUCUGAGGCGAAAGAUGAUGAUGAAGCUGAUGCCGGUUUUGACGACUGGGUUAGCCCCAAUCACCCCCCUACUUCUUCCAUUCCCGUAGUAGAAACUAAAACGCAGAAAAUUCUGUUUCAAGCCAAAUGGUACCAAAGCUACCCCUGGAUCCAUUACGAACCCUCCCUGAAACGGGUACUGUGUUUUUACUGUGCACAGGCAGAAAAACGCGGACUCUUGAAAUUGGCCAAGAACAAAGAACCAGCAUUUGUUUCAGUCGGCUUUUGUAACUGGAAAAAGGCAUCACCCAGAUUUGAGAGCCACCAGGCUUCAAAUUGUCACAGAGUCGCAAAGGCAGCGAUGUCCUUGAAACCUGAGGCUAAAAUCGAUGUCAAAAUGGACGCCAACCGCCGUCAACAGCAGGAAACAGCCCAACGAGCACUGAUGAAGGUCUUCAAGAGCUUGCGAUUCCUUCUGCGACAGGGUCUGUCAUUUAGAGGCCACACAGCUGAGGAGGGAAACUUCCAACAGUUGCUAAACGUCUUCCGCGAUGAUGAUGAAGGACUUGACAGAUAUCUCAAGCGGUCAAUCAGCUUCACAUCUCCACAGGCCCAAGAAGAGAUGAUCCAGAUGUUCGGUGCAGAUAUAGUUAGAACACUUGCGGCACAGAUUGCGAAAGAUGGACCGUUCGGAGUAAUGGUUGAUGGGACACAGGACAUCACUGGAGUCGAACAAGAAGCUAUCUGCUUCCGCCACGUUGAUGACAAUCUGGAUGUACAUGAAGAGUUUGUGGGACUGUAUGAGCUGCCGUCCACAUCUGGGGAAAUUAUCUCGAAAAUGAUUUUCGAUGUAAUCACCCGCCUGUCACUGUCGACUGACAAUUUGAGAGCCCAAACAUAUGAUGGGGCAGCCAACAUGCUGGGUCAGUACAAAGGAUGCCAAGCCAAAGUGAAGGAGCGCCAACCCCUCGCACUGAACUUUCACUGUGCAUCACACGUUGCUAAUCUCAUUAUGCAGCAUGCAGUCUCCGAUUGCCCCGCAGUUCGAGAUGCCAUCCAAUGGGUUCAUGAGCUUGGUGUUCUCUUCAAGAGAUCCGGGAAGUUUAAGGGCAUCUUCCAGGACAUUGCACAAGACAGCCUCUCCGAUGAUCAGCCGGUAAAGCCCUCUACCAUUCGCCCCCUUUGUCCGACCCGAUGGCUCUGUAGGUCGCCUGCAAUUCUCUCCGUCAAAGACAACUACGAGCCUGUUCUGGAAAGCCUAAGGGAAAUGGCGUCAUCAGGCACCUCGGAAUCAGCGGUGAAGGCGAACGGUCUUCUUGAUCGCUUUGAGAAAGGAGCGACGUACCUGAGCCUAGAGAUGGUGACCAAGCCAAUCGUUGCCCUUGAACAGCUGAAUCGGUCCUGUCAAUCCCGCUCCGCUAUCGUUUCAGGUAUGCUGGAAGCAGUCAAAGUGACAAGGAGUCAGAUGAUGGCAUGGAGAACAUAUGAGGAAUUCCACGAUCUGUUCGAGAAAGCAGUGUCAAAAGCGGAUGAGCUGGACCUGGAUCCACUAAGUGUUCCAAGGAAAAGAAAUCCACCCAGACGCCUCACAGGAACCGCCGCGCCAUUCCACCCAACCAGCCCGGAACAACACUUCAGGCAGCAAUACUUGGCAUUCAUUGACGCCAUCAUUGUACAAAUGGACGACAGGUACGACUCGUCACAGUGUAACCUCGCUGCCUACAAGGUUCUUGGAGAUAUGCUGAUCUCAGGCAAGGAUGUGCUAGCAGUACAACUGGCUAUGUACCGACAAACGACGGAGGCGAAGAGUGUGCAGGAGGCGAGAGAGGCGUACAAAGCCAUGACACCAGAAGUCCGCAACCUCUUCCCCCAAGUAGCUACCCUCAUGAAGUUGCUUCUCGUGUGUCCAGUAACCUCAAGCGAAUGCGAGCGUAGCUUUUCCGCUCUAAGGAGACUCAAGACGUGGCUGAGAAGCACCAUGACUCAGAAGAGGCUCAAUGCAGUAGCUGUCUGUAACAGCCACCACCUCCUGCUUGACAACAUAUCCCUACAGCGUCUUGUCAAGGAGUUUGCGGGCAGGAACGAAAAGAGGCGCAAGAUAUUUGGUUUCUAAGACACAAAUUUGCAAGACUACAAAAGUAAAACUGACUAAGAGACCGAUAUGUUUGUUUGUUGAGCCAUGAAUGCUCCUUAAGAAA